CUUCGUAUAAAUAUCCCCCAUUUAUUCUUCGUUCACCUAGCUAGGGUUUAGCACUCCUUCUGCGCAGUCGUCUCUGGUAGCUCACUGAAAUCUCAGAAAUGGUGAAGGGACGCCAAGGAGAGCGAGUCAGACUCUACGUCAGGGGAACUGUCCUCGGCUACAAGAGGUCCAAGUCGAACCAGUACCCGAACACGUCACUGAUUCAGAUCGAGGGAGUGAACACCAAGGAGGAAGUUGGGUGGUACGCCGGGAAGCGAUUGGCUUACAUCUACAAGGCUAAGGUGAAGAAGAAUGGGAGCCACUACCGCUGCAUUUGGGGCAAGGUUGCGAGGCCACACGGUAACACCGGUGUCGUUCGUGCUAAGUUCACCUCCAAUUUGCCACCAAAGUCCAUGGGUGCUCGAGUGAGGGUGUUCAUGUAUCCCAGCAACAUAUAAGUUCAGUACUUCCUAGACGAUAGAGAUGGAGCACUUCAGUAUUUUGAUUACGUGGUUGUUAUGAGUUAAGAUAGAUGUAUUGCUUCUUAGAAGGGUCACUCAGUUUUGUUUGUUGAGGAGAAUAUUGUAUUAGACUCCUGACUAAGACUAAUUUUGUGUUGGGUUUGGAUAUUCAUUGCAAACCUUCACGGUUGGCACUCUCCUUUUUGAAAUAUUGGUUUCAUAUCAAUAUCCUACAUGAAGAAGGCUCAGACCUAUGCUGUCCACAUAUUAUACUUACUGCCUCUAUCUUAAGUUUCUGGUAUUGUCUGGUGAACAAGGCCCUGUUGGGUCAAUUUACACAGCCAUUGUUGUUGCCAA